UUGUAUGACUCUGCACAAAUGGUCUCUUCUCAGACAAAUUGGAGAGAACCUGAUUGUGCCAGGGGGAGUGAAAACCAUUGAAGCUCAUGGACGGAUGGUGAUCCCUGGAGGAAUUGAUGUCCACACUCGCUUCCAGAUGCCUGAGCAGGGGAUGACCUCUUCUGAUGAUUUCUUCCAAGGAACAAAAGCAGCCUUGGCUGGAGGCACCACUAUGAUCAUUGAUCACGUUGUUCCUGAGCCAGGCACCAGUUUGCUCUCUGCAUUUGACCAAUGGCGAGAGUGGGCAGACAGCAAGUCCUGCUGCGAUUAUUCUUUGCAUGUGGACAUCACGGAGUGGCACAAAGGAGUUCAGGAGGAGAUGGAAGCCUUGGUUAAGGAUCACGGAGUGAAUUCUUUCUUGGUGUAUAUGGCUUUCAAGGAUCACUUCCAGCUCACAGAUUCUCAGAUAUACGAGGUCCUGAGUGUGAUCCGUGACAUUGGGGCCAUAGCCCAAGUUCAUGCUGAAAAUGGAGACAUCAUUGCUGAGGAACAGCAGAGGAUCCUGGAACUAGGCAUCACCGGCCCCGAGGGGCAUGUUUUGAGCAGGCCUGAAGAGGUGGAGGCUGAAGCUGUGAACCGGGCUAUAACCAUUGCUAACCAAACCAACUGCCCCUUAUAUGUCAGCAAGGUGAUGAGCAAAAGUGCAGCUGAAGUUAUUGCCCAGGCCAGGAAAAAGGGCACUGUGGUGUAUGGUGAGCCCAUAACAGCAAGUUUGGGCACUGAUGGGUCACACUACUGGAGUAAAAACUGGGCCAAAGCAGCUGCUUUUGUCACCUCUCCACCACUGAGCCCUGACCCAACUACUCCAGACUUUCUCAAUUCUCUGCUGUCUUGCGGAGAUCUCCAAGUCACUGGCAGUGGCCACUGUACCUUCAACACUGCCCAGAAAGCUGUUGGGAAGGACAACUUUACUCUGAUCCCUGAAGGAACCAAUGGAACUGAGGAAAGGAUGUCCAUCAUCUGGGAUAAAGCUGUGGUUACUGGUAAGAUGGAUGAGAACCAGUUUGUAGCUGUGACCAGCACCAACGCAGCCAAGAUCUUCAACCUCUAUCCAAGGAAGGGGCGUAUAGCUGUGGGCUCUGAUGCUGACCUGGUGAUCUGGGACCCAGACAGCGUCAAGACAAUCUCAGCCAAGACUCACAACAUAGCUGUGGAGUACAAUAUCUUUGAGGGUAUGGAGUGCCGUGGGUCACCACUGGUGGUCAUCAGCCAGGGGAAGAUUGUGCUGGAGGACAGCAACCUCCAUGUGACUGAGGGCUCUGGGCGAUACGUUGCCAGGAAGCCCUUCCCGGACUUUGUUUACAAGCGCAUCAAGGCCAGGAGCAGGUUGGCUGAGCUGAGGGGUGUUCCUCGUGGCCUGUAUGACGGCCCAGUCUGUGAAGUAUCAGUGACACCGAAAACUGUCACACCAGCAUCCUCAGCCAAGACGUCUCCAGCGAAGCAGCAGGCCCCGCCAGUCAGGAACCUGCACCAGUCCGGAUUUAGCUUGUCUGGUACAUACCUAUGUGCACAGAUUGACGAUAAUAUUCCACGCCGCACUACGCAGCGCAUAGUGGCGCCUCCUGGUGGCCGUGCCAAUAUCACCAGCUUGGGUUAAAAAAAGAAAUGAAAGGGGGGAAAAAACAUGGCCGCUUAGCGGAUCAUGGGAGAGGGUGGGGCACUUGAAGACCCUUUUUUUGAUUAUUUUAGAGCCUGUGAUGGUUACUGCGGGCGACCAAUGGGUAAGGCCUAGAUAAGGCUGCGGUUCCCCAGCCCCUUUGUUGUCAAUCCCCCCCCCCAACCAUCUUCACAGAACCUAUUCAUUCCUCCCCUUCUUAUACAUUUGGGAAACCCCCCCUCCCCCACUUUGACACGUGGGGGAUGCAGAAAAAAAGGAGUAAAUCAUUGAAGAGUAGAACUUGUGACUUAUAUCACCAUUAACACCAUUUUUUCUAUUUCUUUUAACAAAGGAA